AUAUAUUUAAAAUACUGAGUGAUGGCAGCUAAAUAACUUUAAUGAUUUACUUUUUGCUCCAACGACAAAGAUAAAUCGCACACCCGGGUUCAUUUUACACAUACAUUAACUCCAAAGUUCUAUAGAGAGAGAGUAAAGAGCAGACAUAGAGACGGAGAUAAGAUGGCCAUGGCAACAAAAUCAGUUUCUUCCUUCACCCUCAUUUUCAUCCUCGUUUUGGUUAUUUUUGAAGUGCCGGAGAUAAAAGCGCAGGAUAGCGAGUGCCUGAAAGAAUACGGAGGCAACGUGGGUUUCAACUUCUGUGCGCCUCGGAUUUAUCCGUCGUUUUGUUAUACAAGAUGCCGUGAGGACAAGGGCGCGAAAGGUGGGAUAUGCCGUUGGGGAGAUUCCCCUGAUUCUGUUAAAUGCUUAUGCGAAUACUGCAGCGACCAAAUUUCUCACCAGAUUCUAAGUGGCGGUAUUUGAAUCAUUCAUGCGUGAUGGUUUGUGUAAUAAUAAAAUGCGUGAGCGGUGAUCUAAGUAAUGAUGUAACAAUGAAUAUGUGAAAUAAAAAGCCUGGAAGUACUAA